CCCGCAGUUGGUUGUCCCGCCGCCGCCGCCGUAGUGACAACCGGGUAAUCACGCCUCCAAUUAAAAUCGUGGUGGGCGGCUCGUGCCUGCGGGUUUUCCCUCCGAACGUAUUGUACAGCUCUGAUUCCAGCUUCCCCGUCUUCGACGCCCGUAGCAGCAGCAGUCGCCAUGAUGUUAGCACGGCCUCUAUCGAGGCUCUUCGCGCGGCCACCCAUCGGCGCCACCCCGUCGAUCCUUCGCGCACAACCAUCGAGAUUCCUAGCUACCGAAACUGUCUCCAGCUCCGCCGCUCCGAUGGAGUUGCCGGCCAUGGUGGCGUCGUCGUUCACUCCUCCGCCAGCCCGUGAGGAGCGGGGUUUUGCCAUGAAACGCUACAAGCCGCGCACUCCCGGAGUCCGACAUUUGGUGCGCACGAUCAACGAGCACCUAUGGAAGGGCGGGCCAUUCAAGGCGCUCACGAUCGCCAAGAAGGGGCACGGCAAGGGAGGGCGUAAUCACACUGGCCGCAUCACCGUGCGACACCACGGAGGAGGCCACAAGCGGCGGAUCCGCACCGUCGACUUCUUCCGAGUCGAGCCGGGCCCGCACCGAGUCGACCGCAUUGAGCGGGACCCGGGGCGCAGCGGCCACAUCGCGCUCGUCACUAACGAGGCCACCCAGAAGAAGAGCUAUAUCCUCGCGGCUGAUGGACUGCGCGCUGGUGAUGUCGUCCAGUCCUACAGAUCCGGCAUUCCGAACGAUCUCCUCGCGAGCAUGGGCGGUGUCGUCGAUCCCGGUAUGCUCGCCGCGAAGACCGCCUGGAGAGGAAACUGCCUGCCCCUGCACAUGAUCCCGAUCGGAACGCUCAUCCACGCGGUGGGCUCGGGGUCCAAGGGCCAUGCCGUGUUCUGUCGCUCCGCGGGUACCUAUGCUACCGUCAUCGCCCGCGACGAGAAGACGGACUGUGUGGUUAUCCGGCUACAGAGUGGUGAGGUACGACGGGUGAAGAAGGAUGCGGCCGCGACCGUCGGGGUCGUCAGCAAUCCCACAUGGCAGCACAGGCAGUUGGGUAAGGCCGGUAGAAGCCGUUGGUUGAACAUCCGGCCCACUGUCCGUGGUCUGGCCAUGAACGCUUCCGACCAUCCUCACGGAGGAGGUCGUGGUAAGAGUAAGGGUAACCGCCACCCUGUCAGUCCGUGGGGUAUUCCGACCAAGUCCGGUUACAAGACAAGAUCGGUCGGCAAGCCAAACAAGUGGGUAGUGGUGCCGCGGGUACGCAACCAAGGAAAGAGACGGGCGAAGUCGUAGACGAAGCAGCUUCGAGAAUGUGCCGUAUUAAAAGAGUGGGGGAGCGAGUUCUGUUCUGGAUGUACUCUACUUUACUCUUAUAAAACCAUUUGAAGCUGGGCAGUGGAUGGGGAUUAUAGAUCGUCUGGGCGGUUUGCUGCUUGCUAUAUCAACCGUUGAGGCUCGUUUCUUUAGUGUG